ACAAUGGUCUUUCAUCUUUGCAGCAUUAAAGGAGAGAUUUUUGAUAAUCUAAUGGUCCAUUUCCCGCAUUAAAGGAACACCAACGUAUCCAAGUUGACUGAUUCUCCAUUUUCUUUCUUCCUGCUAAAAGUAUACAAAGGAAGUUGCAUGGUUUUUUCGUUUCCUCCAUUGUAAUUUUUCUUCUUUUCUUACGUCCUGUCAAUGUUAGGUCAUCGCGGAGAAGCCGUCUCUUUCGCUGUUCCUUGUGUCCAGAGGCUACCAGAAGCCAUUUUUGUUAUGGCACACCAUAAAAGUUCGAUUCUUUGCGUCUGGAAGAGGAUCGGUCAGUGGCGGAACACAAGAGGAACAGAAUGCAGAAACCUCAAGGCAAUAAUUGCUAUGAUUCUUCUUUUGGUGUUGUAAAUAUUUUGGGCAUCGCUUAUGCUUGAUUCCUACUUUCCUACUCUGUCACUUGCUGCUGUGGCUGAACCUUCUUCCGCUUCCAAGAAUCUUGGUUAUCGGCUUCUCCUUUGUCUCUGUGCGGCACACUAACUCUGCUUCGAGAAGGAGUAUGUGAUUCUGAGUUCCACGGCGCGCGCUAUGGAUCUCGAGGCCGGUUCCUACAUCAACCCUGCCAAGAGACAAACUUGGAGUUCAGUGCUUAUGCUUGCUUACCAGAGCCUUGGUGUGGUCUAUGGCGAUCUUAGCACUUCGCCUCUCUAUGUGUAUAAGAGCACCUUUGCUGAUGAUAUCAAGCACUCCGAGAGCAAUGACGAAAUUUAUGGCGUGCUAUCCUGUGUUUUUUGGACCCUCACCAUUAUCCCCCUUCUCAAGUAUGUCCUCAUCGUCCUCCAAGCUGAUGACAAUGGUGAGGGUGGCACGUUCGCCCUCUACUCGCUCCUCGUCCGCCAUGCUCGCGUUGGAUUCAUACCGAACGGGCAGGUUGCUGAUGAGGAGCUAAUGGCCUACAAAAAGAAGGAUGAUCACUUCCACCUACUUAAUCUUUCCGCCUCAUCUUAUGGCGACGAUACGUAUACUGCAUCAUGGAUGAGGAGGUUGCUGGAGAAGCACAAGAACUCACAGCGUGUUUUACUAUUUCUUGCUUUGCUUGGGGCAUGCAUGGUCAUUGGUGAUGGUGUCCUUACCCCAGCAAUCUCUGUCUUCUCUGCGAUCUCAGGGCUUGAGCUUUCAAUGUCAAGGGAGCAUCACAAAUAUGUUGAGCUUCCUGUUGCAUGUUUCAUACUGCUCUGCUUGUUCGCGCUGCAACAUUUUGGCACUCACCGAUUAGGUUUUCUGUUUGCACCAAUCGUCACGAUUUGGCUUUUAUGCAUCAGUGUCAUUGGUGCUUAUAAUAUUGUUCAUUGGAAUCCUCAUGUGUAUCAAGCCCUUUCCCCAUACUAUAUGUUCAAGUUCUUGAAGAAGACUAGAAGAGGCGGCUGGAUGUCACUAGGUGGCGUUCUCUUAUGCAUAACAGGUUCUGAAGCAAUGUAUGCAGAUCUGGGGCAUUUUUCACAGUCAUCAGUAAAGAUUGCUUUUGCAUUUGUGGUGUAUCCAUCCUUACUCCUGGCAUAUAUGGGACAAGCUGCUUAUUUAUCUCGGCAUCAUGUUAUUGAAAAUCACUAUCGAAUUGGAUUCUACGUGUCUGUACCAGAGAGACUGAGGUGGCCUGUUCUAGCAAUUGCAAUACUUGCUGCCGUUGUGGGAAGUCAGUCUGUCAUCACGGGUACUUUCUCAAUUAUCAAGCAGUGCUCUGCCUUAGGUUGCUUUCCAAGGGUGAAGAUAGUCCAUACAUCAUCCAAAAUUGAUGGACAAAUAUACAUUCCUGAGAUCAAUUGGAUUUUGAUGAUAUUGUGCUUGGCUGUGACUAUCGGUUUCAGAAAUACCAAGCAUUUGGGAAAUGCACAAGGUUUAGCAGUCAUCAUCGUUAUGCUGGUCACUACCUGCCUCAUGUCAAUAGUAAUUAUGGUAUGCUGGCAUAAGAACAUUUUCUUUGCAGUAUGCUUUCUCAUUUUUUUCGGAAUAAUAGAAGCGAUAUUCCUAUCGGCCUCCCUAAUCAAGUUUCUUGAGGGAGCAUGGGUUCCUAUUACCCUCGCCUCCAUUCUAAUGAUUGCUAUGUGCAUAUGGCAUUAUGGUACCCUCAAAAAGUACGAGUUCGACAUCCAGAACAAGGUUCCCAUCAACUGGCUUCUUACCCUCGGCCCCUCUCUUGGUUUUGUACGUGUGCGAGGCAUCGGUUUGAUUCAUACUGAACUUGUAUCAGGAAUUCCUGCCAUCUUCACACACUUCGUCACCAACUUGCCUGCAUUUCACCAGGUUCUUGUCUUCCUUUGUAUCAAGUCAAUUCCAAUCCCGCACGUCCAGCAGGAGGAAAGAUUCCUUGUCGGGCGAGUUGGUCCUAAGGAAUUCAGAAGUUACAGAGUCAUAGUCAGGUAUGGGUACCACGACAUACACAAAGAUGACAUGGAGUUUGAGAAGGAAUUAGUAUCCAGCAUUGCGGAGUUCAUUCGAUCUGCGGGGAAUAAGCAUGAUGGUCUUACAGAGGGAACUGAGGAUGGUGAUGAAAAAUUGACAGUCAUAAGUUCAGGUUUCAGGUUCAAUGAGGAGAAAAUAGAAUCUGAGGAAACACCGGGCAUUUCCAGAUCCAGUGAGAUGCAUUCUUCAGCUACUACUCCACAGAAGAAACGAGUACGGUUCGUGUUACCAAAGAGUCCAAAGAUUGAGAAGGGAGCAGAAGAAGAGCUGCAAGAGCUGAUGAAAGCAAGAGAAGCAGGAAUGACCUUCAUACUUGGACAUUCAUACAUGAGGGCAAAGAGCGGAUCCAGUUUAAUAAAGCGUCUAUCAAUCAACAUCGGAUACGAGUUCUUGAGGAGGAACUGCAGGGGGCCAACGUAUGCCAUCAGCAUUCCUCAUGCUCCAACACUGGAGGUUGGGAUGGUUUAUAAUGUCUGAAUUCCCACUCCACUUGUACAGAUUUGCAACGAUCAGCUUCAUCUUCUAAUCUCAAUAGCCAAAGAUCUUGAAAAGCUAAAGUAGAUUUCGCAAGGAUCAAACUAUUAGGUCCACGUUAGUUGGUUUUGCCUUGUAGCACUGUAUGUAAAGCAUAAUUUUGUAUAGAAACUUUAGUGCUCGAA